UGAGUGUUGUCCUGUGCGCUAUAUAAGAUCAACCUCUCGUUGUUGCAAGUGUACAAUCUCUUCUGCCCUUGCUGAGCGAACAGCAAUAACACAUAUACAACAUGAAGCUGCUUUCGAUGGCUGUGGCCCUGGCGUUGGUCCUGGCAUGCCUGGUGAGCUGGAGCAGCGCCAUGAUAUCGUCGCUUUGGUGGAUUUGGAUAUGGUGGAUACGGUGGUUACGGUGGUCGUGGAUACGGCGGUUACGGAUACAGAGGAUAUCGCGGUGGAUUUUACGGAUAAUGGAUUUCCUGACACCGGGCAGCAGUGGUCCUCACGAAACGAUUGUCUAUUUUUUUCCCUGCAUUUCUUCUCAAAUAAAAUAAAUGAAUGAAA